UCCACUUCGUGCAGCCCGGGGACCGAAGCGAGCGCGAGAGCGGGCGAAAGAAGAAGAGAGCUUCCAUCAUGGGCAAUCAGGAGAAGAAGGAAGGGGGAGAAGGGGGGAAGAAAGACGGCGGCACGAUCGCCGUCGUCUUGAAGGUCGACAUGCAUUGCGAGGGAUGCGCUGAGAAGGUGAAGAAAUCUGUCAAGGGAUUCGAAGGAGUCGAAGGGGUGAAGGCGGACAUCGGGGGCGGGAAGCUGACGGUGGUGGGGAAGGUAGAUCCGUCGAAGCUCCGCGAUCGGGUGGCCGCCAAGACCCACAAGAAGGUCGACAUCGUCUCCCCCAUCAAUCCCCCCAAAAAGGACGCCAAAGAGAAAGACAUCUCCAAAAAGCCUGCCGCCGAAAAAGUCUCCAAAAAAUCCGACGAUAAAAAAAAAUCCCAGGAGCCUGUGGUUUCGACGGUGGUGCUGAAGACUCACCUCCACUGCGAUGGCUGCGUCGAUCGGAUUACAAAAAAGAUUCGCAAACUUAAGGGAGUGCAGCAGGUGACGGCGGACGCGCAGAAGGAUCUGGUGACCGUGAAGGGGACGAUGGACGCCAAGGCGCUGCCUGAGGUGCUCAAACAGAAGCUGAAGCAGGCGGUGGAGGUGGCGUCGCCGAAAAAGGACGACGAUGGGAAGAAGAAGGACAAAGGCGGCGACAAGAAGGACAAGGGAGGCGAGAAGGAGACCGCCAGCGGCGGGGGCGGCGGCGGAGGAGGAGGAGGGAAGGACGACGGCGGGAAAGCGGAGGCGAACCGGAUGGACUACUACUAUACGGCGGGGUACCCUUACGGCAUCGAGAUGGGGCACGCGCCCCAGCUAUUCAGCGAUGAGAACCCCAACGGCUGCUCCGUUAUGUGAACCGCAAACGGAGCCGGGAACGGUUUUAUAUUUUUUAAUUUAGGCGGUUUAAUUUUCCUCUGUUAGAAAAGCUCCGUAGAAUAUAAUAUAAUUAAAGAAAAUAGGAAUUUGAUGCAAAUCCUUUUUGGUCGUAGAUAUGAUACUUUCUUGGUUCUGCGGU